AUGAAUGAAGACAUUUAUCAAUGGAUACAGGAGGCUAGAAAUUAUGGGUUUUAAGGAUGAAAAUAGACAAAGCUUAACGUGGGCAGCCCUGGUGAGUGGUCAGCUGGAAGGGCAAUGCUGACGCAGAGUGAAACAGCACCAUGGAAACCAGCAGCUGAUCUGAUGCGCAGGCUUGACAGCAUACAAUCAUAUCACCACAGAUAGUGUAAGAGGAUCUUUGGUUGAGUUACAGUUCGGGUUUUCAUCAGUUUUACACAUGAUAAACAUGAGGGAAACAAGAAGGCUGUGAUGAUGAAUGGGACUGACACAACACUGAUUGUCAGUUCAUCGGAGUUCCGCUACCCUGUCACUGUAACAGUGUGUCUAUGCUUUGCAUACAUGACGGUGUUUCUGGUGGGAAUCGUAGGCAACAGCUUUGUGGUAAUGGUGGUCUAUCGGAGCCCUAAGAUGCGUUCCUCAACGAAUCUCUUCAUUGCAAACCUCGCCUGUGCAGAUCUCCUGGUUAACAUCAUAUGCCUGCCUUUCACUUUGGUCAGCAACAUUAUGUCAGCUUGGACAAUGGGAUGGCUGGUCUGCAAGACAGUCCCCUACCUACAAGGGGUAUCAGUGAAUGCCUCCAUCAACACAUUAGUAGCAAUAUCCAUCGAAAGAUGUUUUGCCAUCUGCUACCCCAUGCGAUGGCAGAUCUCGACUAGGUCAUCCAAGAGAAUCAUACUGGCAAUAUGGUUCAUCUCCUUCACCAUUACUCUGCCAUGGGCAUUGUUUUUUAAGCUACAGCCUUUAUAUGAAGGCAGUGAUAUACAGACUUGCCUGGAGAUGUGGCCAACAAAGUACAGUGGAAAUAUGUACUUCAUCAUUGCAAAUCUCAUCAUGUGUUACCUCCUACCUCUGUCUGUCAUAUCAGCAUGUUACCUCUUGAUCUGGAGACGUGUCUUCCUCCGGCAACCUCCAGGUGAACCUCUCCAGAGCACAGACAAAAUUAUUCAAAAGUCAAAAGUGAAAGUUGUGAAGAUGUUAAUGACUGUUAUUAUUUUAUUUGCUUUUUCGUGGUUACCAUUAUAUUUAAUUUUUACACGGAUAAAGCUAGGAGGACCGAUAGACUCUGAAAUUGAGGAAACAGUUAUAUUUGUUGUUCUACCGUUUGCACAAUGGUUGGGUGCUUCAAAUUCGUGCAUAAAUCCCAUUCUAUACGCCUAUUUUAAUAGAAAAUUUAGGUUAGGUUUCAAAGCAAUAAUAUACAGCAGAUCUUGCUGUAGUCCGCUCUACUAUGCUCCCUCUGGAAGUGAUCUGAGAACUGUUAGCAGUAAGCAGACGUUGUUUUUCACAGCAAAUGUUCGGGAAGUGACAAUAAAAGAAUUCCAAAGUAGAAAAUCAAAAUCUUGUGCUGUUUUGUUUAAUGACAGUGUACAACUUAGCAAUAAUAGUUUGAACAAAAGUAAACAAGUUGUAUUUCCAAAGAUAACCCUGAGUUUUCGUUCAGUAAGCGUUGAUAAUAUUUAUAACAAACCUGUUGGGAAAAAAGGUAAAGACAUUUUUCUUUAAAAUAUAUAUUGAAUCCAGUAAAGAGGACAAUAAGAUCUAAAAACUGAAGAAAGUGUUUAUGCUCCUAAUUGAGAUAUAACUCCCGGGCUCUUCCCUCAUGAGAUGCCUAGGGUUUUACUAUUAAACAUAACAUUGUUUGUCGAGAUUAAAUAGAAUAUUUUUAUAUUAUAACUUUAAAAAAAUGAAAAUUUGUUAUAUUCUAUGCUUUAACACUGAAAAUAAUAAUGAAAAACAAAUGAAUUUAUCAUGCUGAGGAAAAAAAUUUAUGUA